GGAGUAGAGAGGAUGACAAAUUGAGGAUAACGGGGGCCUCGACGUGGUGGUCAAGCUGGCCAAGUAUGCCGGAGAUAUGAGGUCGUGGAAGUAAUCGGUUGUGUAAGAGAAAAAAAGGGAAUUGAAAAAGAAAGAAUCGUGGAACUUGGUCUACGGCUUCAACUCAAAUCCUCCUGCGAAUCAUGGGUAAUUGCUACUCAGUCCAAAUUGGUUUAGAGAAUUUCAUCAUUCGUGGCUUGGAUUCCAUUGUUGGCCAUGAUAAUUAAGUAUGCAAGCUUAAACAAACUCUUCCAACUUUAUCUGUUGUUCUUCAAGAACUGAGGGCACUAAGGAACGACAUGCAAAGGGAGGUCGAUCCGGCUGAACAACGACUAUUGAAGCCAUUUGAGCGAGUUCAGCUGUGGCUUUCAAAAGCAGAAACUAUGAUAACAGAGGCAGAAAAGUUGAAUGCAGAUGGCCCUCAACAAAUGAAUAACUUGUGUCUCGGCGGCUGUGCUUCCAAGAAUUGCUUGUCUAGCUACAAGUUUGGUAAAAAGUGGCCAAAAUGCUUAAGAAAAAAUGAUCAUAGGAGUAACGGAGCUUUUGCAAAGGUAGCAGAGAGUCAGCCUGCAGCUUCAGUGGUGGUAAGACCUGAAGAGCGGCCAAUUUCUCAAGAAUCCAUGAUCGAAAAGGUAUGGAGCUGCAUCGAGGACAAAGAUGUGGGGGUCAUUGGCCUCUAUGGCUUAGGGGGCGUUGGCAAGACAACACUCCUGCCUCAAAUUAACAAGUUCAGCACCACACCAAAUGAUUACGAUGUUAUAAUUUGGGCACUGGUGUCUAAACUUUCUGAUGUUGGAAAGAUUCAAGAUAGAAUUGAUGGAAACAUUGGCUUUUCAGAUGCAUUCUGGAAGAGUGAAAGUGUUGACGAGAAAGCUGUAGAUAUCUAUGGAGUGUUGUGAAACAAGAGAUUUGUUGUAUUAUUGGAUGAUUUAUGGGAGAGGGUGGAUUUGAACCAAGUUGGGAUACCAAAACCAAGCCAAGAAAAUGGUUCCAAACUUAUUUUCACUACUCGAUCUUUGGAGGUAUAUGGCGAAAUGGAAGCUCGAAAGAAAAUCAAAGUGGAGUGCUUGGGACCAGAAAAGGCUUGGGAAUUGUUCCAAGACAAAGUUGGGGAUGAAACUAUCAAUAGUCAUCCAGAUAUUCGAAAACUAGCUGAAGAAGUAGCCGAAAGGUGUGGUGGGUUACCUCUUGCAUUAAUUACAAUCAGUCGUGGCAUGGCUUGCAAGACAACACCUGGGGAAUGGAAAUAUGCAAUUGAAAAGUUGAAGCGAUCUUCAUUGCCGAAAAUGGAAAAUGAGCUAUUUCCACUUUUAAAAUUCAGUUAUGAUAAUUUGCCUAAAGUGACAAUGAAAUGUUGCCUCCUAUAUUGUUGCCUGUAUCCAGAAGAUCAUUGUAUUCCCAAAAAGAGAUUAGUGGAGUAUUGAUUUUGUGAAGGGCUGUUGAAUGAAUUUGAUAGAAUUUGUGAAGUUCAAAUGCACGGAAACUACAUUAUCAACUCUCUUCUUAGUGCUUGUUUAUUGGAAAAUGGUGGUGAAAUAGGUGGAGAAGAUUGUGUUAAGAUGCAUGAUGUGGUUCGUGACAUGGCUUUAUGGAUAGCGUGUGAGCUUGAAACAAAAGAGGAGAAAUUUUUUGUAAAAGCAGGGGCUCAAUUAUUUGAAGAACCAGAUGUUAAGGCAUGGGAAGGUGCAAAAAGAAUGUCAGUGAUGAAAAACCAGAUUGAAGUUCUCAAAGGAACACCUAAAUGCCCUAACCUUCGAACUUUGUUUCUUAGCGAAAAUAAGUUGCAGGUGGUCAGCAAUGGCUUCUGCCGGUUUAUUCCUCAUCUAAUGGUGUUAAACUUGUCAGAGAAUAUAGGUUUAGGAGCAUUGCCUGAGGGAAUUUCACAAUUGAUUUCACUACAAUCUCUCGAUUUAUCCUGAACUAGCAUAACAGAGUUGCCAAUGGAGUUGAAAUCUUUGACAAACCUGAAAAUGUUGGACUUGAGUUGCACAUACGAUCUCAGGAAAAUCCCAUCGCAUCUGAUGUCUAGUUUUUCCAAAUUACAAAUAUUUAGAACAUGGUGCACGACAAGUGGAGAUUAUCCAAUGGAAGAUAAUGUUCUGAAUGGGGACAAUGAAAAUCUUAUAGAAGAGUUGAAAAGUUUGCGACAUUUGAACAUACUAACGAUACCACCAAUUAAAAGCUUGUUUGCUCUAGAAAGGUUUGUGAGCUUCCACUUGUUUCAAUGUUGCACCCAAGCACUACAUUUGAGGCAUCUUAGAGAGUCAAAUGUGUUUAAUGUUUUAUGCUUGGAAAACAUGGAGCGGCUAGAGACAUUAUGUUUCGAGGGCUGUGGAAGUAUAGAGGAGAUUAAAAUGGAAAAACUGUAAAGGUCCGAUUUAGGGCCUAACCGGAACAGUAGUUUUGGGACCACAAAUCUGAUGAGGAAAAUUUUAUUAUUAUUAUAUUUUUAUGGUUUACAACUUCA